CUGCGGCUCAGGCGCUUCCGGCUCACGGGCCGUAGGGAAGUGUGUUCCGCGCUGGGCUCGAGCGCUGUCCAGAAGUCUUCGGCGCACCGGAAGCCGCCGGGAAAGAGCGAUGGCGGGUUUGACUGUGAGAGACCCUGCGGUGGACCGUUCUCUACGUUCCGUGUUCGUGGGGAACAUUCCUUAUGAGGCUACUGAAGAGCAGUUAAAGGACAUCUUUUCUGAGGUUGGACCUGUUGUUAGUUUCAGGUUGGUUUAUGAUAGGGAGACAGGAAAGCCAAAAGGUUAUGGCUUCUGUGAAUACCAAGACCAGGAGACAGCACUUAGUGCCAUGCGAAACCUAAAUGGCCGUGAAUUUAGUGGGAGAGCACUUCGAGUGGACAAUGCUGCCAGCGAAAAGAACAAAGAAGAGCUGAAGAGCCUUGGAACUGGUGCCCCUGUCAUUGAGUCACCUUAUGGAGAGACCAUCAGUCCUGAGGAUGCCCCUGAGUCCAUUAGCAAAGCAGUUGCCAGCCUUCCACCAGAGCAGAUGUUUGAGCUGAUGAAACAGAUGAAGCUCUGUGUCCAGAAUAGUCCUCAAGAAGCACGGAACAUGCUGCUUCAGAACCCUCAACUGGCUUAUGCUUUGCUACAAGCACAGGUAGUCAUGAGAAUUGUGGAUCCAGAAAUUGCCUUGAAAAUUCUGCAUCGCCAGACAAAUAUCCCUACGCUGAUUGCAGGCAACCCUCAGACAGUCCACAGUGCCGGACCUGGCUCAGGAUCCAGUGUGUCAAUGAACCAGCAGAAUCCUCAGACACCUCAGGCCCAGACUUUGAGUGGAAUGCAUGUCAAUGGUGCGCCUCCUCUGAUGCAAGCUUCCCUGCAGGCUGGAGUUGCAGCACCAGGGCAGAUACCAGCCACUGUAACAGGACCUGGCCCUGGUUCCUUAGCUCCUGGAGGAGGAAUGCAGGCCCAGGUUGGAAUGCCAGGAAGUGGACCAGUGUCCAUGGAGCGGGGACAAGGAACUGUACAGCACUCGCCCGUGGGACCCACCGGGCCUGCAUCAAUUGAGCGAGUUCAAGUGCCAAUGCAAGACCCCAGAGCAGCUAUGCAGCGUGGGCCCUUGCCUGCCAACGUCCCAACGCCUCGAGGUCUGUUGGGAGAUGCUCCAAAUGACCCACGUGGAGGCACUUUACUUUCUGUAACUGGAGAGGUAGAACCUAGAGGUUACCUGGGACCACCUCAUCAGGGUCCGCCCAUGCACCAUGUCCCUGGCCAUGACAGCCGUGGCCCACCCCCACAUGAGAUGAGGGGAGGGCCAUUAACUGAGCCCAGACCUCUAAUGGCAGAGCCAAGAGGACCCAUGAUAGAUCAGAGGGGUCCACCCUUGGAUGGCAGAGGUGGAAGAGAUCCACGAGGCAUAGAUGCACGAGCCAUGGAGGCUAGAGGAUUAGAUGCUAGAGGAUUAGAAGCCCGUGCAAUGGAGGCCCGUGCAAUGGAGGCCCGCGCUAUGGAGGCCCGCGCUAUGGAGGCUCGUGCAAUGGAAGUCAGAGGAAUGGAGGCCAGAAGCAUGGAUACAAGGGGCCCAGUGCCAGGCCCAAGAGGCCCUAUACCUAGUGGAAUCCAAGGUCCCAGUCCAAUUAACAUGGGGGCCGUUGGACCCCAGGGAUCCAGACAGGUCCCAGUCAUGCAGGGAGCAGGCAUGCAGGGAGCAAGCAUUCAGGGUGGAGGCCAGCCUGGUGGCUUUAGUCCUGGCCAGAACCAAGUCACUCCACAGGACCAUGAGAAGGCUGCUUUGAUUAUGCAGGUUCUUCAACUAACUGCAGACCAGAUCGCCAUGCUGCCUCCCGAGCAGAGGCAGAGUAUCCUGAUCUUAAAGGAACAAAUACAGAAAUCUACUGGAGCUCCUUAAAGGUUUUCAAAAAUACCUGGCAACAGAUAUGGAAAUUAAUUCCAUUACUUUGUUGAAAUGUUGCAAAAAGAUGACUUCUACAUCCUAACCCAAAUUGGUGCCAGGUGGAGGACUCCUAUCACCUUCUCUCAGAACAAAAUCAAAUCAUUCUGUUGUCUUAGUUUGUAUAUUUUCUGUGACUUGAAAUAAACUUUGAACACAAUUUUAGUAUACUGCAAAUUGAUAUGCAUAACCUUUUUGCUUUUAAAAGGCUGAACUCCAAGGGUGAAACCUCACACGUGUUUUCUACCCUUACUGCAAUAUUGUACUUUAAUGUUGCAUAGCUGUUUUUCCUUUUAAGUUAACCAGUUAUUCUUAAUGAUAUUUGAGAAUUUCUCAGAAACAGGGUUUUCUGGAACUUAGUUAUUGCUUAGUUUGCUUCCAACAGAAAUAAUAUUUGCCCUUUGAGAACUUGCUAGAGCUUCUGAGUCUACUCAGAAAAUAGCAUGUGCUUAGAGCUGUAAAAUGGUCACAAGGCCAGCGAAGCAAAGAGCCUACAUAGCAGAGCAGUGUAUUUAGUCUAGAAAAAUCCAAAUAUCAAAGUGUAUUUUUUGGUCAGUACCAGGAAGGGGAUGACAGGAUGAGAUGUUUGGAUGGCAUCACCAACUCAGUGGACAUGAGUUUGAGUAAACUCCGGGAGUUGGUGAUGGAUAGGGAGGCCUAGCAUGCUGCAGUCCCUAGGGUCACAAAGUUGGACAAGACUGAAUGAAUGAACUGAAAUGAACUAAAGUCUAUUCACAUACAUAGUUCAGAGUUAAGACAAGGGCUUUUAAGUUAAGACAAGUUAAGACAAGGACUGGUUUUAAUGUGUCAGCAACACAAGAGACUGUUGACAUUUUCUUGUUCUAAAACUCUUCAGUCUGGGUAGUUAACUUUAAAAGUUUAGAAAACCACUAAUUUUUCCUGUGUUCAAGAUGAAAUAAACACUGAACAGAAAUCAAACAAUACAUUUCAUCUUACCUUCUAAAUAAUUGCUAAUGUGCAGCCCUACCCAGUAACCAGAUUUAUUCUAGGAAAUUAAAACAUAGAAAUUCUAAAAUUUUUACAUUUACAUUUUUCUCAUUUAUUUCAAAAGGACCAGAUGUAUAAGCAGUCAGAUUGCCCAUUAGGCCUGACCCUGCCUUCUUCCUUUCAGAUGGGUGUGAACACAAUCAGUGCCACUGGCUAUAACCUACAGCUCUUCUGGCCUAGUAUUCUCUCUCAUAGUGGCAUUAAGGAGAAACAUGAUUUAUCUCCAUCAGGCCAACCUCAAGAGGUUAAGAGGUGCCUUAAUAAUUAGUAAAGUUCCACUGGAACUACUCCUGAGUCUGUUUAUAUUCUCAAAGUCCUAGCCUCUGCGUUAGGAUUAUGGUCAAGUGAAUUAAAAGCCUGCCAUAGGUGUAGAGAAUGUAAUAGCAUAUUGCUUACAUGUCAAGCAAAAGAAUGCAAAGAUAUUCAAAAUUAUGAGGGACAUUAAAAUUAAGAGAUUUUGUACUCAUGUAUAAGCAUUUACUACAACAAAAGUUUGCUGAGAAAGAUACUCGAUAAUUGCAACCUACACAGAAAAACUUGAUCAAAACAGCUGAGAAGCUUUCUAGGUAGCCUGCUCAUCCCUAAUUUGGGCUUAGAUGUUGAUUGUAUGUAGGAUUUAUUAUUAUCAUUACCUUUUCUGCUAGCUUCCAUGAACAUUCUAGGCCUUGAUAUGUUGAUUUUAGCAGCAGCCAUGACUUGAAGUGUCAAUAUAUUGAGACAUCGAGACCGAGAAUACAGUCUUUCUCCUUAAGAACACACUAUAAUAAGUUUUAAGGAACACUAAGAUUCCAAAUCAGACUCAUUGAAGAUCAAAUUAUAAUUUGGUCAGCAGUUGUCUAAUAGGAACCAAAUCAUCAAAGCUACAGUGUGCAUGUUCCAGAAGCCUUAUUAAAUUUAAAUUAGCUGAAAUCCGGGAAAUUGGUAACAGCAGGGGUAUCCCAAUCUAUUCUCUCGGAAACGUCCAUUAGUAUUUUUUCUUGAUGUCUAGUUAAUACAUGAAACACAAUUAGCUACCAUGAGUUCAUGACCUUCCUUUAUUUUGUUCAGACUAGUUACUGAAAAAAUUCAGUUUUUCUAAUCCUUCAAGUCAUGUAGGUUUCUGGACAAUUAGAAGUAAUCAUUCAUUUUUGGUCACAAUGGUAGAGAGAUAGGUGCACUAAUGUUAAUUCAGUGGAAACAUUCUUGUAAAUCUUAUGAUUUGAAUUGUCUUUGAGCACAACAAAAUGUGUAUUAUUUUUCCUCUUUUAAGGGCCCCAGCCUUCUUUCCUUCUACUGAUUCACUGUGACUACUGACACCCCAGAGCCAGGUGGAUGGAAAAAAUAAAAGAGCAUUUUGAUAGGAGAAAGAAAAGGCAUUUUGCUUCUGUUACUGAAUGAUUCCUUAAUAGGUACGUAGGAGCCAAGGAAAUGUCAAAAUUUUAAAUUAUCUUUUUAAGACAAGACAUUAAUCACUCCCCUUGAGUAAAAUGGUAAUAAAGAGUCCUUGUUGACUAAAUAAUCAUCCUAAGAUGGAGUUCAAGUUUUCACAAUUAUUUCCAACAGAACAAGGCAAGCUAAUGACAACAUAGCUGACUUUCAUUAUGAUACAAUUUCAGUUACGAUUAGCAUACUUUCAAGAUUAUCUUUCCUAAAUGGAGAGCCUAGAUAAAGUAACAAAGAUUUAUUCAUUAAACAGAAAAAUCCUUCAUUUUUUGAUAAGCAAAAAUAAGUAAAGCAUAAGUUGCCGUUCACACUGGAUAAGACCAUGUUUAACAGAAUGUACAUACUGUUAUAUAGGGAUUGAGUUCUUGGUAAUUUUAUGUUUGUUGUUUUACUAUUUAUGUUUAUUAUAUUUUGUCAUUAAUUCUUUAAUAAAUUUUUAUU